GACACCAAGGUUCCAUUCUGUCUGCAGUCCUGCGUCAAGCCGCUGAAAUACGCUAUUGCCGUUCACGACCACGGCACCGAGUACGUUCACCGCUUCAUCGGCAAAGAGCCCAGCGGUCUGCGAUUCAACAAGCUCUUCCUGAACGAGGAGGAUAAACCACACAACCCCAUGGUUAAUGCCGGCGCUAUCGUCUGCACCUCCCUCAUUAAGCAAGGGGCCAGCAACGCUGAAAAGUUUGAUUAUGUCAUGAACUUCAUGAACAAACUGGCGGGAAACGAGUACGUGGGCUUCAGCAACGCCACUUUCCAGUCGGAGCGCGAGUCUGGAGACAGAAACUUUGCCAUCGGCUACUACCUGAAGGAGAAGAAGUGUUUUCCAGAGGGCACAGACAUGACGUCCAUCCUGGACUUCUACUUCCAGCUGUGUUCCAUCGAGGUGACCUGUGAGAGCGCCAGUGUCAUGGCAGCGACUCUGGCCAACGGCGGCUUCUGUCCAAUCACAGGCGAGCGCGUGCUGAGUCCAGAGGCCGUGCGAAACACCCUGAGUCUGAUGCAUUCCUGCGGCAUGUACGACUUCUCUGGGCAGUUUGCUUUCCACGUCGGGCUGCCGGCUAAGUCUGGCGUCGCCGGUGGGAUUCUGCUGGUCGUACCAAACGUGAUGGGCGUCAUGUGUUGGUCUCCUCCUCUGGACAAGCUGGGCAACAGCGUCAGAGGAAUCCAGUUCUGCACG